AUGGCGGAAGGAAUGACGGCCGUUGAAAUUACCAGGCGAAUGAAGGAGCUUGAAUCUACCGAAUUUGUACUUGUAGAGGACCAAAGUAGAACUGGACUUUAUCCGAUCAAGUACCCUGACUUCUGGGAGUGGUACAAGAAAGCACAGGCGUCAUUUUGGACUGCUGAAGAAUUGGACUUAUCAGCAGACUUAAAGGAUUGGGAAAAACUCACUCCUGGCGAGACACAUUUCAUCAAAAAUGUCUUGGCCUUUUUUGCAGCCAGCGAUGGAAUCGUGCUGGAAAACUUAGCACUAAGAUUUCUUAAGGAUGUAAAAAUACCCGAGGCUAAAUUUUUCUACUGUUUUCAAAUCACAGUCGAAAACAUACACUCUGAAACUUACAGCCUGCUCAUCGAACAGUACAUUAGAAACGAGGUGGAGAAAGAUAGGCUAUUUAGAGCUAUAGAAACUAUUGAUGCUGUGAAAGCAAAGGCUGAAUGGGCUGCUAAGUGGAUGACAAAUGAAAAAUCAUUUGCCGAACGCAUUGUUGCCUAUGCAGCUGUUGAGGGCAUAUUUUUUUCGGGAAGUUUCUGUGCUAUUUUCUGGCUGAAGAAACGUGGUCUUAUGCCAGGCCUUACCUUCAGCAACGAGCUGAUUUCAAGAGAUGAAGGACUUCAUGCCGAUUUUGGUUGCUUUAUUUACAAGAACCUUAAAAACAAACUUCCCGAUGAAUGCGUACAGCAGAUUAUCACGGAAGCCGUUGCAGUAGAACGUGUUUUUGUCUGUGACUCUCUUCCGUGCGAUCUUAUCGGAAUGAACUCAGUCCUGAUGGCAGAGUACAUCGAGUUCGUAGCAGAUAGGUUGCUGCAGGCACUAGGUGUUCCUCCGGUGUACAAAACCAAGAAUCCAUUCGAAUGGAUGGAAUUGAUUUCGGUACAGGGUAAGACCAAUUUCUUCGAAAAACGUGUCGGAGAGUACCAGAAGUCUGGAAUCUUGGCGAACCAAGAUGAACAGAAAUUUGCCACCGAUGCCGACUUCUAA